AUGGGAUGCCCAGCUGCGGCAGACCUAGGUAAGACCGACAACGUGACUGAGGUCACAGCAUCCCAGUGGUCAGAACGGAAUUCUGAUGGGACUGAGCGGCAGACAAAACGAGUGCGCCCGUAAAUGUCGAUGCAGUAAACACAUACAAUCGGUCGUGGGUCUACAAAGCUUCUGGCGUUUUUUGCGCGUGCUCGGUGGUGUUUUUCUUUACGUUUUUGAUACACCUCCGUUGAUUGGGGCAGACGGGCAAUUCUAGAGCGAAACUAUAAUUUAAGUCAGAUGGAUCGUACUGAACCACUCUGCCGAUUCCUAUCGUCGACAGAGCAACAGCUGUAUUGUCCAUGCACUUGUUCGAUGUUCAUGCUCAUAGCGGGUGCCUGCGUAGUUGUGAGGCACGGGUAGAAUACCUUCCCUCCGCCAUACGUGUCGCCCCCCUAUAUGGGGACUAUAUUUACACACAGCGCGUGGAAGGGGAGCUUGUAUCACAAUUCGCAUGCAACGCAGCUUACAGUAGGUAAGUCUGACUCCCAAUUUCCGAUUGAGGCAACCAAUUGUAACUAUAUUUGCCAUAAAGUCGAAAGUAUUAUCUAACAGGCAGCCGUAAUUCAAGGUACCGCAAUAAUUGAAGGAUUUAUAAACCUUCAAACUCAUUUUUACAACUGAGCAUACGUGCACAGAAAAACGGCAGACAGGUUUAAAUACUGUUAUGACCCGCCUGCUACGUGAAAGCCCGUGGAGCGUAUACGCACUCGACCCUGGUCCCCAAUACCAAGGCAGCAGACAAGGAACACACGGCUGGCCACGAAAAGUGUAUUAGGAAAACACUGCAAGUCGCGACCAGCUAAGGGUGACGCAUAUUUAUAACACGCUACCGUGGCUCGCCGACAUUCUGUCCAAUGACCUUCGGGCAGAGGGGAGCAGCCAAUGGGAAGGCGCCUGAGUGAAAUGACAGGGUUGUAGAGAGAGAGCAAACGCACGUGAUCUCCAGUGAUUGGUUUGCUUUUGUUUUUGGGAGUGUAGGCACUCCCAACAAACACUUUCCUAAAAGUUUUUCGUGUCUUAUGUCCAUACGAAAGAUUUCAACGUCGACACCUUUUCUAGAUGUUGGCCCACUUAGCUUUCAUGUUUGCCGAGUCCCUUUUUGUGUGGAUUAAUUCUGUCAGAGUUCCUUCAUAUUUUCUUUUUCUUACUGGUACAGGGCUCUAUUAAUACAUUGCGUUUACCUCGGAAGAAUUCCGGGCUCCUAUUUGCCUCCAGAAAUAGUCUUUUAGUAGUAGACCCUUCGUAUGGCAUUGUGUACUUCAGUGGCACGUUUACUCAUAAAUUAGAGUUUAUGGCUCCAUGUUCUACAUAGGGCACCUAGAAAUCAAAUCUGUCCGACCAUUUCAUCGGCGUUUCAAUCUAAAUCGCGGUUACUUUGCAUACGUUUGUGACAGCACUCAUUGCUGCCGAUCUGACUGACCCUGUAGCGUCUCUAGCAUUCCGCCUCCGGUGCCUGCGCCUCGCUAGGAAGCCGGUGGCCAGAACUGUCGAGCGGUCGGCGCAUGAGCGUAUGAAAACGCUGGGGCAGUCAAUCAGACAGUGAAGGGACACGAUAUUUCGGCGAAUCGAUAAAUGAAACAUCGAAGGUAAGAGGUUAGUCCACCUAAGUCCUAAACCUUAAAGGUGAUUUUUGUGGAGGCCAAGACUUGAUAGAAUAGAUCAGGUUUAUUAUUGCGCCCCUUGGGCACUGUCAGCCUCCACUGCAGUAAAGCAUAUAUACCCGACGCACUAACUUCACGGUCAAGUCAGAUCAUUUUGAGGCACAGGAACACGGAUUUCUGAGGAUUUGGCCGGAGACAAGUCUCGCCCGAUGCAAACGGUUUGACAAUAAAAUGUCCCUUUUACUGUUAUGCGGUAUGUUCAGAAACGGUGGUCACCUAAGUAAAACAAACGACGAUGGGGCUAAUAGUGUGCCAGUACUGCAACAUAAGCCGUUUAAAAUUUGUAGCACGUUGCAAGGACCAAAGGUCCUGAGACGGGAUUAAGGUCGUUCUUGAGCGGUUCUUCAGUUCGACCCCUACUGGCUAAUCGUCCACCAUGUUAAGCUCGAUAUUGAAAGAGCAAGCACACCAAAUGGAUUUGUCCCAAGUAGCACUGAACAGCUGAUCUGGAGAAAGGAUAUACGCAUUUAGGAUCAUAAGCAUAUAUGAACGACCGAUAAUCUUUAACAUUUAAUGAAAUAGUUUUAAUAUACAGCAAAACAGAGGAAAACCUAACGAAGGGACACCACUUAUAAUACGACUCUCAUAUGAAAAUGACGACCCCAAUAUGACCCCUUGUCUCCGAUUUGUUAGGUACAACUUACUGAAGUUAGUAGGUGGAUAACAAGUUACUAGAACCUGUUGUUUUAUUAAGAGUCGUCCGUUUGGAACUUCUUUAAAGGUUUUACGAAAGCCGUAGUUAAUAACGACCACUGAUACAUAGAAGUAGGCAGACUCAGGAAGGGUAUAGGACACGUUUCAUAAGAGCUGCCAGGCACAAGGUAUGUUGGGAAGACCUAAGAAUCUGGUUGACGUUUUGUGAGCACCCUAAUAAUUAUUAUCACCAGCAGGGAAGUCAGAUUUUAACACUGGAAUAUUAAUAUAGGUUUCCAAAUAAUGAAGAAGGAGAAAAAUCUUGAGAACCACUAAGAAAACUUUGAUCAACAAAGGAGGUAAAACCCCUUAGCCAUUUAAUAGGAGAGUUCGGGACGUUCGCAGUUCUAAGUGAAUGUACGUUACCACGAUGACUUAUCUAUCACUGACUACUUGUAGGGUCAAAAUAAAUAAAUAAAUAAAUGAUAAUAAUAAUAAUAAUAAUAAUAAUAAUAAUAUGGGGUGUAUUAGGCGAAAGAAGAAUUGAAGGGAUGCGGUCAAUUGCAAAAGAAAAAUAGGUAGCCGAAAAAGGCUUUAGGAAUUCUGCUUUGCUCAGAAACGAAGGCAUUUAUAUGAUAGUUGGGCCGUAGUUUCCGAUGAUGUCCACCGUUGUACCCGCAGCCGGUUGUGCGCACGGACGGUCACUUGGGCGUGAACUGCUUCGUUACUAUAUUUGGCCCGUGCAGCAUCUACCGCACUCCCUCCUCCUCACAACUAUGGACCUAAUGUUAGGACACAGUCAAGAAGACCAGAGGCGAGAGAUGGCACAUGUGAUUGAUGCGGCGUGAACCCAUAACAAGACGUGUCACCGUCCCCUUAUUCCAUGCGCAAAAACCAGAAGUUCACACAAAAAGGAGGGGUGGUUCGAUUUCAACCGAGUGGGAGUGUCAUGAAGGCCACAUGAGGCAGAAGCUACUUCAGUCUGAGUCUCAGUCCAUUAGUCAGCCACUCAACAACAAUCACAGAAUGGGUUAACUGUGUGGUCAUAGUUGAAGGGUCGGUUGGCAACCUUCCAAGUCACGACAUUUACCACGCCGUGAUUGUCUUAAGCUUGUCGGAUUGUUUGUAAUGUGGAAUUUUGCGCUGAGCGUCGGUCUUCCUCAUUACUCUGUCGCGUGUAACGGUUGACUGUGUGGGCCGGUUAACCAGCUAAUGCUAAAGUUGGGAAAGGUGGCUUACAGCGCUGAGGACAGUCCGUCUGUGCGUGCCACACACGACGAUCCGCCCCAACAAAACACACCGUGAUUUUACGCAAAGGGGUUGGGGUGCCACAUGAAGGUGGAGUCGAAGAGGACACUUCUUACUCACGUGAGAGGUGCCUAGUUUGUGUCUGCGGUAUGUGAUGUUGGACGUGUUCGUGCGUAGGGCAUGUGUUGCUGGGAUGUAGUGGUGCCAACGGUGGGUUCACGUGACGGUCGUAAUAGGCCGCUCACUUACUUGCAAGUGUAGACUACGCCUAGCGUCCAUUUGCUGGCACCCAACUCUCACAUGUGGUUCCCCGAAGAUAGGCCCUACCUAGUGGCAACACCUUGGUAGCCGCCUCCACAGGCGGUCUAAACCAGGUGGGGGUGCCCGCGUGUGCAUCUCCGCUCACGGUAAUGCCAACGUCGCUAGCCGGAUGGAUCUUCGCAUUUGCAUCGUCGAGAAGAAACUCCGCCUGGUAUAUUGCAGGAGUCCGCAAGCUUACAACGAUGUCGUAGGCUGUUCCAGGCAAACUCAGGCCGUUCUCUCACUAGCGCAAGGCCGUGGCCCCUAGUGGAGUUCGGCAGCCGCCUGACACAUCUGGGCAGCCCUAUUUAGUGAUAGUCCUACUCACCCCAGCGAAGAGGAAGAGGCUUGAAAAAGAUGUCCUAAACAAAUACUCGGGAACCACGCUGUCUGCAGGUUGGCCAUGGUCGCGGACGUUAAACUCACGGUCGAAGCAAAACUCUCCUUCUCUUUCCUCUCCUCCUCCCCGUCACCACACUUGCCAGACCGAUAGGGUGAAUACGCUCACUCUGGCAGCCCGGAAUGUUCGUUCUCUUUUAGGUAAUCCAAGGAGCAGCCGACCGGAACGGAGGACGGCGCUAGUGGCUCGGGAACUGGCAGGCUACAAGGCGGACAUCGCCGCACUGAGCGAGACCCGGUUCGCCUGGAGAGGAGUGCUGGGUCCCAUGGUCUCAAAGGCCCCAAAGUACCUGCGCAGAACAUCGACUCAUCCUGGCGAACAACUUCUGCCUGUCGAUGCGAAAGAAGGCCACGUGGAUGCAUCCUCGAUCGCGUCAGUAGCACCUGCUGAACUAUGUCCUCGUCUGGAGGUGAGACCAGCGGGACGUGCUCGUGAUAAAGGCGAUUCCGGAUGCUGA